GUUAGGUACUUCGCUACGCAGCCAGCUGAGUCAAAAUGGCGGAGCUCAAGGAAGAGGUCGCGGUGCAGCUUCACCAGGAGGACGCCAGUAUGAAAGAAGACCCUGUGAAGGCGGUAGCAGCAGUAGCAGCAUCUGAGGAUGAUAGCAAACAGAUGUCUGUCAAUAAUGUGACAUCCAGUGAUGCAGUGAAAACUGAGGACCUUCGAGGACAAGCCCCCGUCUCUUCGAUGUCAGAGAGACACGCGUCCAUCCAGACUUCUCUAGAAGGUCUGGAGAUGCUCGUGGAUUUAAAUGGAGCUGGUAGAAAGUCGUGUCCGUUAUGCCCAGAGGAGAAGUUCAAGGCCUGCUACAGCCACAAACUGAGACGCCACCUGCAGAACCUGCACUGGAAAGUCUAUGUGGAAUUUGAAGGUCAGAGGAUGUGUAUUUGUCACCUGCCAUGCAGACAGAUGAAGUCCAGCCAUAGCUUGGAUCAGAGUCAGGCUCGGCUCGUGGCACACUACCACUGUGUGGUGUGCUCGGUCACCAUCGCCCGGAAAACAGACAUGAUCAGCCACCUCAAACGACACUUCAACAAAGGCGAGACCGAAGCGAGCUACUCGGGCACCUCCGAUGCAUCGUUUGAGGAACCGGUGCCAGGUCAGGCGUAUGAGAUCAUGAAAGAACUGGGCACCAAUGUGCAGCUCAUGCCCAACCACAGCACACCCAUGAAGACCGACACUUACUUCAACCGUAAGAUGAAGACCAACAGGCAGUUGGUGUUUUGUGCUCUUGCAGUUCUUGCUGAAGAAAGGAAUCCUCUAGAAUGUCUGGAUGCAUUUGGAGCCACUGGAAUAAUGGGCUUGCAGUGGGCCAAGCACCUGCGCAGUGCCGUUAACGUGACGAUCAACGACAUCAACGAGGCCUGUGUCAAUAUGAUUAAGGAGAACUGCCACCUCAACCACAUCCAGCUGGAGGGGGGGCAAACGGAAGACAGCGACGACAUCAAGACUGUGGAAGUGACGCAGAUGGACGCCAAUGUCCUCAUGCACCUGAGAGCUUUUGACUACAUACACCUGGAUCCUUUCGGUACGUCCGUGAACUACCUGGACGCCGCCUUCCGGAACGUGCGCAACCUGGGCAUCGUUUCUGUGACGUCCACCGACACCGGCUCGCUUUACUCCAAAUCCUUGAAUGUGACACUGCGCCAUUACGGCUGCCAGAUAGUCAGGACCGAAUACUACAGAGAGCUGGCGGCUCGCAUGGUUGUGGCAUCUAUAGCCAGGGCGGCUGCACGCUGUAAUAAAGGUAUCGAGGUUUUAUUGGCUGUGGCGUUGGAACAUUUCGUGCUGGUGGUGGUUCGGGUGCUCCGAGGCCCCACGCAGGCUGACGAGUCCGCCAAGAAACUGCGCCAGCUGUUGCACUGCCAGUGGUGUGAAGAGAGAGUUUUCCUCAAGCCUGGAAGUAUGGUGGAGGAGAAUCAGUACAGGCAGCUCCCGUGUCAGUGCCAUGGCAGCAUGCCGGGGAAGACCGCAGUUGAGCUGGGACCUCUCUGGUCAGGUUCUCUGUUCAACACUGGUUUCCUGAGGCGUAUGCUCUUGGCGGCGGUGCAGCACAGCAUGGAGGACAUUCAGCCUCUGGUGAAGACUCUGAUCUGUGAGGCAGACUGCACCACACUCAAGACCUUCUCUGUCACAGGCCAACCGAUGCUAGCCAACCAAGUGGAGUGUGGUGUCGUCAUCAAAACUUUACAGAAGGUGGCGGAAGCAGACACCAUUGAGCAAUCAGGUAAGCGGAGGAUUGGAGAGGAGUCCAGUAACGUGGUGAAGAGGCUGAAGUCAGACGCUUCUCUGGAGCACCCUGCGUUUUACUACAGCAUCCAUCGCCACAGCAUCCGCGGCAUGAACAUGCCCAAGUUGAAUAAGUUCCUGCAGUACCUGACUGAAGCCGGAUUCAGGGUGAGCCGCACACACUUUGACCCUACAGGAGUUCGCACCGAUGCCACACUGGACCAGUUCAAGUCGGUGCUCACUAAGUACAGCGUGCCGACCUACAGCUCCGGGCCUCCUGGGAGUCUCAGCACAGAGGGUGUGACGGCCAAAAAGGACUGAACGUGAACAAACCAAACAGCAAUAUUUAAAAAAGAAUAAUAUUAAUCUGCUGCUGUUGUGGUAAAUGUUGAUGCUCUGGCAACAGGAUGCCACAUGAUGGCAUCUUAGAACUAGUGUACUAAACAGUAAAAACCACGUCACACCAUCACACCAGUACUGAUUCAUCUGCAAACCUGAGCCGGGUUUCCCACCGAUCACUUGCUUUCAGAGCUUUUUGGGAAACUCGUCCCAUUAAGUAGGAAAGCAUUAACAGGAAUAUUUUGCAUUUCACCGGGGACCAGUAUUUGUGCUUCCUGCUUGCUAGGAAGUUUAUAUUAAAGGUUUCAUUCUUGAUGUGUGGUUACUAUUUAGUACAUUUAUAUGCACAGGGACCGUAUUGCACUGAGACUUCGUGCCAUGUUUGUUUUACUGUUGUUGGGUUUUUUCUCCUCUAUUUGUCAAACUGAGCCUGUAUGCUUUCGGUAUCUAAGCUUUUAUUUAUUUUUUUUGCCAUGUUUUGGAAUGUGAUUAUUUUAAAAGCUGUUUGACCUUUUUAUUAUGCUUGGUGUGCUUUUUUUUUUUUUAACUGUACAGCAUCUGAGCUGCCUAUUCAGAUUUAUACAAGAAAUGUUCAUUAGAUUAUAUAACAUAAAUAAACUCAAUACAAACUUCUGUGUA